GAAUUUCCACUCCUAAAACAACUUCGCAAACCAAUAUAUAUAUAUUUCAGAAUUAGGUCUAAUUCGUUUCAAAACGCACAAAUAAAUAUAUAAUGUUGGUGUACAAUGUUUUCGAAGAUGUAUGCCUGCACUGUAACAUGCGUUUAGGCUGCGUUUACACAAGCAGCCCAAUUCUGAUCUUUUUACACUAACUGUCUGUUUGAACAAAUCGAAUUGCAGCCAGUAUACAGCAGCCACUAUGCAGCAGAUCGGUCAAUUUGCCAUUCUGGAAACAAUGUAAAACUUUCAUCUAACUAGUACAGUUUGUUUGGAAACAACAUGUUUUUCACGUCUGUGGUAAUUACAGUACUGCAGCGCCCUCCGGUGGCCAUCGGGUGAAACGACAGCAGCGUAAUGUACUGUGGAGUAGAGCCAGUGACCGAGGUGACGCUGUGUCAUUAAUGUUUAACCCCAAGGUACCGGAGUCACCGGACAUAUGAAAAGUCAUGUGAGAAACUGCACUUUACACUAUACUGAACUGAAGAAAGACAACAUUCACAUCCGACAACGGGGGAGAUGGACAUGAAACAUCUAACUUGUUAAUUUAAUUUAAGACGGUUUGUUGUAUAAGGAGAUAUACAAAACAAACGACACAAGUUGUGGGAAUGGGAAGAAUUCUGGGGUCUCUGCUGCCAGCGGCUCUGCUGAUUGGCUCAGCCCUCUGUAUGGGUGUGGUCAGUCUAACCCUAAGCCACACCUCUAGGGUCAGAGUUCACAAAGGGAGGAGCCUCACACUGACCUGCAUGGACACAACACAUGCAGGAGUGGUCCAGUACUGGCACACCCCUUUCGGUCAGGUCCAGAACAGCAGUCUUCAUGCCAACCAGAAGGAUGUGAUUUCUAUGCAACGAGAUGGUAGCCUGCGGAUCCACAUGGCUUCUUCUCACCACAGCGGGCUGUACUACUGCCUCCUACUGGUCGGAGGACAAACUACACUCACACCCUACCUGCUGACUGCCAGCAGUUCACAGGACCAUGCUGUCGAACACAGGCGGGCAGUCAGGAGUAUUCUGAGUGGUCAUGCAGAGGAGAGGAAUGUUGCCGUGGUUUCUGACGGUGUGUUUGCGGCGGCGGUGGCAGCAUCAGUAGUGGUGACGUUCCUGGUGGGGUUCAGCUCUGGAGCUUUGAGCAGGACUUUACUGGACAGGACAGGAACGUCGUAACCAUGGUGAAACAGUCAGCGUGGCAUUCCGGAAGGAUGUGGAACAAGAGGAUGAGGAUUACCCUGCCUCGACGACAAGCGUUACCAUGGAGAAUGUAAGCCCAUCUCCACCAGCCAAACCUCAGAGAAGCUUCAGGGGCAAACAUCAUGAAGAGACUGCUUACCUGGAGGGCUGCUACCAGGGGAGAGGAGAGGAAG